AUGAAACGAGAGAAGGAAGAAAAGAUGAUGAAACAAACAGGAGUGAGUAGUAGUAGUGGUAGUAGUAGUGCUGCUUCGGCUUCUACAAGUGGAAGUAGUUGCAGUUCAUCCUCCUCUUCCAAUGUGGCUCUCAUUCAAGUCCGAUUACCUUCAGGCACUACUGAAAAGGUUCAAUUGAGUGCUGAUGAUCAUUUGGAUGCCUUAUUUGCUGCAAUUUCUAAUCAAUUAGAUCCAAAUGAAGCUUACAGUAUUUUGACUACAUUUCCACGUAAAGAAUUCUUUGCAGAAGAUUGGAAUCAAACAACAUUGCGUUCAGCUGGAUUAGUACCAAAAGGUUCAGUCAUUGCCCAAUUGACUAAAAAUAAGGGAAUGGUAAUCAAGGCAACAACUUCCACACCAACUGGAUCAUUAGCAACAACAGGAGGAGGUAAUACUAUGAACGACGACGAUAGCAGUGAUGAUGACAAUGGCAGUACAACAACAACAACCUCUUCUUAUACUUCAAGCAGUCGAGUACUUGGUUCUUCUUCGAACCCAAUUCCAGAAGAAAAUGCUAUCAAAACCAUUCUUAAUUCAGUUGUGAAUUUCAAUAAGGAUAGUUAUACUUUAUUGCUAUGUGAAAAGCAAUGGAUUCUUUCCAAGUUAGAAUCAGGAACUAGUGAUUCUCAACACGUUGUCUAUCGACAUUUGGGAGAUUCUCAUUUGGCUGGUUCUUCUCUCAAUGAAUGUGUCUUGUAUUCUGCUCUUGGCCAUGUGAGUAUGUCAUCCAAUGGUGAGACCAUGGUUGGUACUUGGAGAUUUAUACAUCAACAUGGUGGUGGAGUGUGUAUUGAAAUUACCAGUCAAAAUAUGGUUCAAGUCAUGCGCAUUGAGUCACUCACGAACGAAUGUUUAAUUUUGAAGAGAAUUGAAAAAUAA